UGGCACUCGGGAUAGGUGGGAGAGCCUGGCACGGCUGCAGAGACACAUACACGCGCACACUCGUGCGGAAGCAGAGGAGCGCCGGGUGAUACGGUUCCUAUAAAUCUGCUGUAGUCCACCUCCCAUUUAAGGCGACCUCCCCCCUUAUGCCUGUUCUCAGAUAAGAGAUGCAGCAGCUUACUUCGAUUGGGAGCUGCUAGAAAGAAGGAGGAAGAGAGAGGGAGGCUGUAUUUUAAGAAAUCCUCCUUUCAUCCCUUCUUUCCUUUGUUCUUACCUUUUAUUUAUCCUCCCCUCCCCCCUUUUUUGUUUAGUUGUGUUGUAACAGGAGACCGUUCAAUUUUGCCACGCUCCUUUUUUUUUAAGUUCCCCCUUUCUUUUUUUUUAACCCCCCCUCCCAAUUUCUUUUCGUGUUCUGGGAGUGGAAAAAAGAAGCUUUGAUUUUUUUAAAAAAAAAUCCUCCAUUUUUAAAAAUCUUCUGUUUGCAACUGUCCGCAAUUUAGGUUUUGGGUGUUGUCUUGAGACCUACCCAUUUGAUUUUUUUUUUUAAUUGGGAGACCAUACAGUAUUACCUUUUUUAAAAAACUGAAGCGAAAAAAGCAGAACGUUCCAUAUGCUCCAGUUACAACUCUGAGCAGGAUAUUUGAGACUGACUUGCAUUUCUGUAUGUACCACUCACUUCCAAUCUUGAAUCUGCAAACAUAACCAAUUAAAAGACGGCAACUCCAAACUAACAUGGCAGUCAGACUGUGUGAUGUGGCUUCUCUGCUUAGAAGUGGUUCGUGGGCAGCAGAGCCUUGGACUGGGCAGGUAAUUGCUGCCAUGGAAACACAACUGUCUAAUGGGCCAACUUGCAAUAACACAGCCAAUGGCCCUACUACCAUAAACAACAACUGCUCAUCACCAGUUGAUUCUGGGAACACGGAGGACAGCAAAACCAAUUUAAUAGUCAACUAUCUCCCUCAGAAUAUGACACAAGAAGAGCUCAAAAGUCUGUUUGGGAGCAUUGGUGAAAUAGAAUCCUGCAAACUUGUAAGGGACAAAAUCACAGGAGAAGGAGAGGCAGAACCUGGCGGUGGAGUCAAGAGAGGAAUCAGUCUGGAGCUGUUAUGUUUCCACAAGCGAAGACAGAGUUUGGGAUAUGGAUUUGUGAAUUACAUUGACCCUAAGGAUGCUGAAAAGGCAAUCAAUACUCUGAAUGGAUUGAGACUUCAAACCAAAACUAUAAAAGUUUCUUAUGCACGGCCAAGCUCAGCUUCUAUUAGAGAUGCAAACUUGUACGUCAGCGGUCUCCCCAAAACUAUGACUCAGAAAGAACUAGAACAGCUGUUUUCCCAAUAUGGACGUAUUAUUACUUCCCGCAUUCUUGUUGACCAAGUCACUGGAGUUUCAAGGGGUGUGGGGUUUAUCCGGUUUGACAAGCGGAUUGAAGCUGAAGAAGCCAUCAAGGGUUUGAAUGGGCAGAAACCUCCCGGGGCCACGGAACCCAUCACCGUAAAGUUUGCCAACAAUCCAAGCCAAAAAACAAAUCAGGCCAUCCUCUCCCAGCUGUACCAAUCUCCAAAUAGGAGGUAUCCAGGACCCCUCGCUCAGCAGGCUCAACGUUUUAGGUUGGACAAUCUGCUCAAUAUGGCUUACGGAGUAAAGAGCAGGUUUUCUCCAAUGACCAUUGACGGAAUGACCAGUUUGGCUGGGAUAAAUAUCCCAGGACAUGCGGGAACCGGAUGGUGCAUUUUUGUGUACAAUUUAGCUCCUGAUGCAGAUGAGAGCAUCCUGUGGCAAAUGUUCGGACCCUUCGGAGCCGUGACAAAUGUGAAGGUUAUCCGCGACUUCAACACAAACAAGUGCAAAGGUUUUGGAUUUGUGACUAUGACAAACUAUGACGAAGCCGCCAUGGCAAUAGCCAGCCUGAAUGGAUACCGCCUUGGAGACAGAGUCUUGCAGGUUUCCUUUAAAACAAACAAAACGCACAAAGCCUAAUGAGGUGUCCUCAGCCCAAUUUAUAUUUGAAAACUAUUCGACAAAGGCAAGUUAAAAGAAACUUUAUACAUUAGUAAAUGUCUUUGUAAGUCAGUGUUGAGAUGGGGGAAUAACAGACUAGCAUCCUAAGAAAUAUUGCGAGAUUUUUUAUUGCUAGUAUUUGAAUUAAACUUCUUAAAUAUCUUAUGUUUGAAUAUGGACAAGAGGUACAGGGUUUUUACCUGUCACAAUGCAUUCUAUUGCCUUCUUUGAAGAAGGUGGACCUUUUAAAAAAUGUUUGAGCUAAGGGAAGAAAUUUUCUUUUACACGACUGCCUUGAACCUGUGAGUAGAUAUUGAGGCUUUGUGUUAAAAUUCCUGAGUUAGUUAACCUUAUGUUGUGUUUGAGUUACACUUUAAUGCCUUGCUGUUUAGUCUGUUCAAGAAGUGUUUUGAAGUUUACAUUUUUAUUUAUAAAGUUUAAGAAUAUUUAUUUUGUAAUUAUGAUUUGGGUUGGGGAAGGGGGGUGGUGCAUUAUAAAAGCCUAUUGUAAGAUUAAUGGAGAACUUUUCGUAAAGCUGUACCUUGCCAAAGAGAUAAGAGCCUCUUUGAUGUGGGUUUAAAAAAAAAAAACAAAGCAUCUAUUUUUAUAAAAAAGAGAAAAUUUGGAGAAACUUUUUACAGGUCCUGGAACAAAUAUUUUGACUUGAAUACUUUGAGAAAUCUCUUCAUAUGACACCUAGUGAGCUUUUAAAACUUACCAGGAAAUUUGCAGUGGUUGGGGGAAAACACUUUAGAGCGGUUUAUGAUGUAGAAAUUCUUUAAGAGAUCUUUGUUACUCAAGAAAUGGAAUCACUGGGAGAAAGCACUGCUGGUUUUGGUUUUAUAAUCGUUGGUGCAAUCUCUGAACAUCCUGGUUACUAUGUGAUAGAUGGCUCACAUUAAACUUGUGAUUUUGAAACAGAAGAAAAUUUAAAAGUAUAUAAGAGCAGGCAAGAAAUUUAAAUUAACUGAGAUGGGGGAAAAAUCUGUUCUUCCUAUAGAAUUCCCUUCAGAUAGAGCUCAUGGUGUUUAGUGAUGUACUUGCAGUAUUGUUUGAAGAAUUGUUUUGUCUUAAAGAAAAAAAAAAAAGAUGUUUGCACAUGGUUUGCAUAGUGGCAGACCAGGAAGAAACAGUCUUGCAUUGGAUAUAUUUGAAGGUAUUUUGAAAGUUACGUUCAAGGCUAACACCUGAGCUUUGUGUAAUGUAAAUAAGAUCUUUUGUUGAUGAACCUCUUUUCAGCUAAAUACUUCGAGUUUUCUUCUGGUUUUUUAUUUUCUUUACUUAACAUGCCAAGUGAUGUUCAAAUGUUUUUGUAUUUUUUUUUCUUUGUAAAUGGCAUUAAGAUUGUUACUUGAGGUCUGCUUAUUCAUUUUUGUUGUCCUGAGGACUUGAAUUUACAGUGGAUCAGAUACGUUGCAAAUUUUGUCUGUAGAUAGUCUAGCUUCAGCUGUUUAUGGUGAUGCUACUUUUUUGUUUAUAAAUAUGUUUGUGGUAAAAAAAUGAGUAUAACCAUAGGUUUUGAACAAAUUCCUUACAUUUUUCAUACCAGAAUCAUAAAUACCUGUAUGCUAUUGAAAUUUAACUUUGUAUGAUGCUUAAAAUCACUUAUUUGGGGAAAUAAUAAAGUCUUUACCAUGUAUGGAAGAAAUUUAAGGUCAAAAAAGUACAAAUAUUUUCUGAUUAGCAUCUAGCUUAUAAUAAAUUUUUAAAAAGCUGAAGGCUGCUGUGCCUUCACCGGGAUGCCCUGACAACUAUAUAGUUACGUCCUGCUUUUUGUAUAAACUGAGAUGCUCACAUGCUUCCCCUUAGAACAAGCAAUGUGCUAUGCAUAACAUACUUGUACAUGAUCUUUGCAGUUGCUUUUUUUGAUUAUUUCUUUUUUUAAAAAAAUCGUAGUUAUAAAUUUUCAGUAUAGUACAAUACAUAAUACUGUUGGAAGAAGAGUGCUAAAGUGAAAGCGACUGUUCAUGCUAGACCCCAUUCAAUGCUGUUCAAAUUGAUUGACUUUCUGAAAGACGUUCACUUGAGGUGCGUUGAGCAAUUGUUCUGUACUAACACAAACACUCUGCUUUGGAAAAGAACAAUAGUAAUAAUAAUAACAAUAAAGAGAUCCAUUGUGGGGAGGGGAAAACAUAGCUAUACUCUCUGCUACUAUAUUCUAGGGUAGCAAGAACAAAAGGCAUUGGGGAGAAGGCAUGUCUAUCAGGUUUCACUUUACACUGUUUAACAGAGCACUUAAUAAAAUGUAAGGCUGGUAUUUAUUUGAAGUUGUACAGUAUGACUUAAUUCACAUCUGUUGGAGUAGAAAAAUAUAUUCUGUUGAGUAUUUAAAAGAGGCUGUACAUGUUUUCUUUUGUGUUUGGAUCCUUUGUACUUUUUCAUGUUCAGUACAUCAAUAAACAAAAGUUGAAGGGAAAGAA